AUGGAGAAAAGGAGCAUUGGAAUGGUCUUAACUCCCAAAUUUUGGAAUAAUAAAAGGCGAGUAGAAAAUUAUCUAAAUCUAAAGCCGGCGAUAAAUCCUAUAGAAUCAUCUUUGCUUGAUCAAACAACUUCAAAUUCAGUGAUUUCCACUACUCUAAACGAUCUGUCCAAUUGGGCGAGACUCUCUAGUCUAUGGCCGCUCCUUUAUGGUACUAGUUGUUGUUUUAUCGAAUUUGCUUCAUUAAUAGGUUCGCGAUUCGACUUUGAUCGUUACGGUUUGGUGCCAAGAUCCAGUCCUAGGCAAGCCGACUUACUUAUAACAGCCGGAACCGUGACCAUGAAAAUGGCUCCUUCUUUAGUGAGAUUAUAUGAACAAAUGCCUGAACCAAAAUAUGUAAUUGCUAUGGGAGCCUGUACUAUUACAGGAGGAAUGUUUAGUACAGAUUCUUAUAGUACCGUUCGCGGAGUAGAUAAGUUAAUUCCUGUGGAUAUCUAUUUGCCGGGUUGCCCUCCUAAACCAGAAGCUAUUAUAGAUGCUAUAAUAAAACUUCGUGAAAAAAUAGCUCAAGAAAUAUCUGAAGAUAGAAACGAGUUUCAACAAGGAAAGAGGUAUUUCACUAGAAAACAUAGGUUUCAUUUUGGAUCCAGUAUUCUUAUUGAAAAUAAGGAGGAGAGGUUUUUUCAUCAAUCUUAUGAAUCUCGGUUUGAGUCGACUUUAGAGAUAACUCCCAAAACAUCUGAACCCAUUUCAGAGAUAUCAUACCCUUUUAAAAAUUUGAAGAAAAUACGAGAGGUUGCUGGCGAAUGA